AUGCACGUCCUCUCGACACUCGUCUCGAGUCUGGGACUCCUAGCCCAGAUCACUCGCGCCGCAUAUACAUUGCAAGACGACUAUGGCACGACCGACUCCUUCUUUGACAAAUUCGACUUUUUCACCGAUGCGGACCCCACCAACGGCUACGUGAGCUACGUCGAUCGAUCGACCGCCACAAAUGCCGGCCUGAUCAGAUCAACAGGGAGCUCCGUGUAUAUCGGAGUCGACACGCAGAAUCAGGCCUCGGGCUCGGGGCGGCAAAGCGUUCGUCUAACCAGCACCAAGUCAUACCAGCAUGGAUUGGUGAUUCUCGACCUGGCACAUAUGCCAGGGAGUGUAUGCGGAACAUGGCCCGCCUUCUGGAUGCUGGGAGCGAACUGGCCCAACAAUGGCGAAAUCGACAUCAUCGAGGGCGUCAACACCCAAUCGAACAAUCAAGUCACGCUUCACACGAGCGACGGUUGCUCCAUUCAAAACUCAGGUUUCACGGGUUCGCUCGACACUGCCAACUGCUACGUCGAGGCCGCGGGUCAAUCGGCCAAUUCGGGCUGCGCCAUCACCAGCAACAGCGGGCAGUCGUACGGGGAUGGAUUCAACCAAGCAGGUGGUGGGGUGUAUGCCACGGAGUGGACCUCUGCUGGUAUCAAAGUGUGGUUCUUCCCUCGAAGUGGUAUUCCAUGGGAUAUCUCAAGUGGGAAGCCGAAUCCCGCGACUUGGGGGAUGCCCACGGCUGCAUUCGCGGGAAGUUGCGAUAUCGACUCCCAUUUCAAUAACCUGCAACUGGUUUUUGAUAUUACUUUCUGCGGUGACUGGGCCGGUAACGUCUGGUCCUCUGGCACCUGCGCAUACAAAGCCCCCACCUGCAACUCGUUCGUCCAAAACAACCCAGCCGCUUUCAAGGAGACAUACUGGAGCGUCAACUCGCUCAAGGUCUACCAGGACAACGGCAGUCCCCUGCUCAGCAUUCACGCCCACGCCGCGGCGCAUAUUGGCGCCAAGCAAUCGAUCAGUCAGCUAAUUUCUCGCAGGGGCACUGCGCCGUAUAUUCGGCCUGGGCCUCGCCCCGAGUGGCGCGAACAUACACAUUAG